UGCGGCAUUUCCGAGAGUAUCUUGGUUACCUGAAGUUUUUCUUGCGCCGCUACGAUAAUUUUCACUAUAUGGAUAACUGCAGAAAUUUCUAAACGCUCGUGCGUAAUAACAUACAGAAUUUUUAGAUUUUCACUGAGCGACGAUUUCCGGGAUCUUUUCUGUCCAUUUAAAUGUGUUAUUUUGUACAUAACCAAAGCUAUCAUGUGGAUGUACCAAGCAUCUGUUGUCAUCGUCCUGAUUUUCAAUCUGCACUGUGUUUCUUCUCAGCUGCAAGUUCGCUGGGCACAAGCGGCGAUAACGGAGGACGGUGGCAAUCGUCGAACCGGUCAAGUGGAAGGCUUCGCACCAACGCACAACACGUGGUGGAAAACGUGCUCAUCCAAUGUCACAAUUCGCAGCUCGCCUAGCCGUUUGGGACGGCUGCUGUGCCAAAAGUUCGGCUUCGAUAAUGUAGUGUCAAUCCGGUUCGCCAGUGGCGCUCCAUCACCCGGCUACGCGUCGGUAGAUAUUGUCUCCUGUCCCGAUGAUGUUGACGAUAUCUCCAUGUGUCAGUUUGCGGAAAUAAGACAGCAGACACAGUGCGGACGGAAUUUCCUCAUCAGCCUUACGUGCAACGAGCUUACUCCGGAACCGCUCCCGGCACCGCCAUUGGUUGGCAACAAUGACAUCCGCGAGAUCACCUGCAACGCCACCCGUCGUAUGCGCCUGCCCACGGGCCCGCAGAUCCGCAGUAUCUUCCACCGCUCCCGUGUCGGCCCGACCAACCAGUGCAGUAUGGAGUUCCUGGUGCAGGGUGAUGUCUACCUGCAUUUAGACAGCAGCCGGCUGGUGCGAUAUCCCAACACCCCGGCGAACAUAGCGUGUAACAGCAUCAACCAUGUGAUCAUCCGGCAAAUUCUCCAGUAUCAGCGGAUCGAACCUACCGGAAUGGUAGAUGUGCGGGAGGUUAGAGAGGAGCGCUUCUGCGGGCAGCAGAACGAUAUGCGCACUGUGAUUAUCAGCCCGGUGGCGGUGUCGGUCAAUAUCACGUUUGUGAGGGCCACUCCGUUGGCGGGAGCAGAGCAGUUUGAUAUCACGCUGGAAGCAAUUCCGCAGAUAGCCGCACACUGUGGCUCCUCCUCCAUGAACGUGUCCAUCGUCAAGCAAAAGCUAGCCGGAUGGAACAACGGGACCUGGACCGCGCAGGUCGUCAACCAAUCGCUGACGAUUCCGCCGUCAUCCGCUGACCAGCAGUGUCGUGCUGUACAAAGCGACGUCCAAAGCCGUUCCACGGAUUUUUUCCAAUUUGUCUUUGAUGCCACACGCUGCCCGCGCAUCUUCAACAUGGAUACAGAUAACUACACCUUAUCCUACCAAGUCUUGGUGGCCCGGAGUGAACAAGUGGAUAUCGGCGCGGUACAAAUUGAGUAUCGGGACCAAUUCUUGAUCCCCAUUCGCUGCUAUUUGAAAAUGGAUCCGGCGGGAGCGGAGCUAGAAGAUGUUAACAGCGGGGAUGUUCUUCCGUUUGAGGAUAUUUCGGAAACCAUCGUUAUACCGUACAGUGUAAAUGUAUAUCGAGAUUCCAGUCUCCAAGUUCCAUUUCAAUAUUUGACCUUUAACAACGGGGAAACGGCGUUUUAUUUGGUGGCGACACCUAUGGAUACCGGGACACCGGUCAACAGUAUUCGAACAGAGGUUGAGCGCUGUCUGGCCAGGAAAUCAGACGGUUCAAACGAAAACAACGACAUUGUAUUAUAUAAUUCGGGAACAACAAUACCUGGUGUCGAUCCACGGGUGACCACUAAUAAGGGAUUACAAUCGCUGACGCUGGCAGUAACCUUGAGGACUCUUAGUUUUUCCAGCGGUAGUUAUGAUUUUAUGUGCUAUGUACGCAGUGGUUUCGGCAAUGAGCCGGUAGCUUAUCAUAGUAAUGCUUUAAUAUAGCAGUUGCCGUUGCAGUUUGUACGAUAAUGCUGUAAACUGCUUUCUCAUUUAAAAUAAAGGCAAGCGUGCUGAGCCUAGGUCGAAUUCGGUACAGUUCAUCUC